UUGACAGUGUGACCCCGGGGCCCAGUAAAAGCGCAGCAGGAGAGAUGUAUAUAAAUCUCUUCCCAACCACAUGGGGCCACAGUCGACUGUUUUAACUGGAUCUUCAAUAAGAAGAUGAAUCUUCAAACUGUCCACUCCAUCCUGCUGGCCAUAUCUUAUUCCCAGGCUUUCCAGUACACCGAGCUGGCACAGUAUGUUGAUGACCAUCAGGAAGAGUAUGUUGAGGCUCUUAGGGACUGGGUUGCAGUUGAAAGUGACUCAAGCAACAUUUUCAAAAGACCCGAGCUGCACCGCAUGAUGGAGAUGGUGGCUCAGAAGCUGCGAGAGAUGGGAGGGACUGUAGAAUUGGUAGACAUCGGAGAGCAAGAGCUUCCAGAUGGUCAAACAUUAGCCUUGCCAAAAGUAGUGACAGCUCAGUUUGGGAGUGACCCCAGCAAACACACAGUGUGUGUCUACGGUCAUGUGGACGUCCAGCCGGCAAAGCUAGAGGAUGGCUGGGCCACCAAUCCAUACAACCUGACAGAUAUCAAAGGUAAUCUGUAUGGAAGAGGAGCAUCAGACAACAAGGCUCCAGUUUUAGCCUGGAUCCAUGCAGUAAAGGCUUACCAGGACCUCAGUAUGGACCUGCCAGUGAACGUGAAGUUUCUCAUUGAGGGCAUGGAAGAGACAGGCUCCAAUGGGCUGGAUGCCUUCAUCCUUGCUCAGAAUGACACUUUCUUCUCAUACGUGGACUACAUCAUCAUUUCUGACUGUGGCUGGCUGAGCAGACGGCCUGCCCUAACCUACGGCACCAGAGGAAACUGCUACUUCUUUGCUGAGGUUGAAGGCCCUAAACAGGAUUUACAUUCUGGUGUUUAUGGAGGCACGGUGAUCGAACCAAUGACUGAUCUCAUUGGCAUUCUUGACACACUGAUCAGCCCCAGCGGGAAGAUUCUGAUUCCAGGGAUCCGGGAAGCAGUGGCUCCCCUCUCGGAUGAAGAAUGGAAAAUGUAUCAAGAUGUUGAGUUCAACUUGGACCACUACAAAAACAAGACUGGUGUCAACCAGCUCAUGUACAACAACAAGGUGGACUUAUUGGCCCAUAGGUGGCGCUACCCCACCGUUUCCAUCCACGGUAUCGAGGGAGCCUUCUCUGAUUCUGGAACUAAGACGGUGAUUCCUGCUAAAGUUACUGCCAAGUUCUCCAUAAGACAGGUCCCUGACAUGGAUCCAGCAGUAGUCAAGAAGCAGGUGACAGACUACCUUUAUUCUGUAUUCGCCAAAAGGAAGAGUCCUAACAGCUUGAAAGUUACCAUGGUGAUUGGGGCCAAACCAUGGCUGGCUGAUACUCAGCAUCCUCUCUAUGAGGCUGGAAAAGCAGCGGUUCAGAGAGUUUUCAACAUGGAUCCUGACAUGAUCCGUGAAGGCGGGACCAUUCCCAUCGCCAGAACUUUCCAGGAUGUGACAGGGAAAAGCAUCAUCAUGAUGCCCAUCGGAGGCUUUGAUGAUGGAAUGCAUUCCCAGAAUGAAAAAAUUAGCAGAUACAACUAUAUCGAAGGAACCAAGUUAUUCAUCGCCUACCUGAAUGAAGUUGCCCAGAUCAAAAGCACCAGUGUGUGAUCAUUAAAGUAUCUAUCUAUCUAUCUAUCUAUCUAUCUAUCUAUCUAUCUAUCUAUCUAUCUAUCUAUCUAUCUAUCUAUCUAUCUAUCUAUCUAUCUAUCU